AAAAGGUUGAUUUCAAGUGUCCCUACUGUGAAUAUUACGCCAGGAAAUCUCACUUCGUUUAUACUCACAUAAGAAAAAAACACGAGGGGAUGCGCGUGUAUCACAUAAACGUGCGAUACCGUUUCACAUGAACUACGAAGUGCAAGAGGCAACAGAGUCGUUCUCCGCAAAAGUCGUCCUUGAAGAUCGGAAAUGUCAAGAGCCUUAAAAAAGAUCAGCUAACGAAGAUCAACACAACUGCCAUGAAAACGAUUCUGCAGAAUCCGAUGGCUGGCAACAAGAGACGUCCGGGUCGUCCUCGCAAGAAGCCGAUGGACUAUCCGUUGCCGGACUGUGAAUUCCUGAAGGUCAGCAAGAUAGAACCCCUGAAUUUCGAGGACGAAAUGAUGAAGAAUCCACCCUACACUUAUCCCCAGAAAAAGAAGCUCGGCAGGCCCCCCAAGAGUGAUAAAUUCUCGAAGAAGAAGAAGCAUCAUCGAUCAAAGAAGAUGACGACCGAAGGAGGUAAUCUUAUUUUGAGGACUAUCAAGGUUGAACAAAGCGAUUCACCAACUGUGGAGCUUCAAGAUGAUGCCCCCCUGCAAAGACUGAGAAGGUCUUCCAGAGUUUCGGUUGAAGAUAUUAAAACCGAGCCAAAUGGAUCACCGUCUUCCGAUAGACAACGAAAUGGUACCUCGACUCGAAGAACAAGAAAGUCCUCUCAAAUUUCUAUUGACGAUAUCAAGAAUGAAAUCCCCUAUGAUCAACUAGCGCAAGACGCUUUGAAGUUUCAGAAGAGCAAAGCCGGCCGACCGACUCGACAAAGUUACAGCAGUAGUCAGACAAAAGUUCCCGAAGUAGAAUCGAUUCCGUUGAGUGAACGUCUCGAGCCGAUUGCUGGAAUGAGUCGUUCAGAAUUACUGAAGAAUCCAAUGGCCAGUUUGAAAAAGAAACCAGGCCGACCCAAGAAAAACCAGGAAGAACCGAAGCAGGUCUACGAUUUGACUAAACUCGAUUCGCUGAAGGUAAAACUUACGCGUCUUCCUGAUCAUGUUAAACCGCAGCAACAACUCCCAAAGCUUCUGCAAGAUAGACCUUCAGAGUUUAAAUCCCAAGAGACAUCACAUUCUGUUAAGUUUGCUCCCCAGCUUACGGUGCUUAUCACAAAGACGGAAAUCGUCAAGAAAAAGUCGAACGAUUCUGAUUCUGAACCUGUACCAUCGACGUCCAAAGCCAAUGUUACAGGCAGAGUGGCUAAGAGAAAACGCGGACGUCCGUUCAAAAUACCUCGAAUCCCCCAGUCAGUGAUCGACAAGCUCGAGAAGAUUAUACCGGAGAUAAAGGACGAAGCCAAGAUCGCAGAAGUGACACCCGACACCUCUGAAUCCGUUGAGGAAGCUCCAGUUUCCAACGGAAACGUCGAAGAUCAAGCAAUUGAAAAUUCGGCUUCGCCGAUUAUUCAAAUAGUUGAUCAAACCCGGGAAUAUUCGCCUGAUAUACCUUCAAGAGAUUCUCCAAUCGUUUACGCGAAGGAGAUGAUCAAUGAAAUAAUCGGCUCCCUGGAGGUAGAGAUAGAGACCAGUGAGCCAAUUCGUGUGGAGGACAUACCUUUGCCUCCUGAGAAGACCGAGAAGGUCGAGGAAGAUCAACAACAAGAUAAUAAAAUUGAUUUGGACGAAUCCGAACGCGUGGGUAGCUCUGCUUCCGAUAAGAAUGAUGAAAAAAUUGACGUGGUGACAGUCGUGGAUACGCCAGCCGAUACGAUUUCAACGAAUGAGAUACCUUAACUUUUGAACAUUUUAAUUAAAGAAUCGCUAGAAUCAAUGCGAGUCUAUACUGAUAUAUAAUAGAAUAAUGGCGAAGCUCCCAAGAAACUAAAUAAAAAUUAUUUUCUUUUUUUUAUAUUAUUGCACUCAUAAAAUAAUUAAAAAAUGUUAAAGCGUGAUUAAUUCCUACCGUUUAAAUGAAUCAAUAAUGUUUUUUUCUUUUUAGUUACAAACAUUUUAUUUUAUUUUUUAUACUUAAUUAAUUUUAUGAGUAUGCUACAUAAUUAAUAAUAAUAAGUCUUACGAAAUUAGGAUUAAUUGUAUGCUAAUCAUAGACAAAUUGUAUCAUUGGUGCUUCAUGAAAGGACAUAGUCGAAAUGAAUGUUCGAAAAAUUUGUAUAAUUGCACGGAUAUGAUUAACUUGGCUAAUCAUUAAAAAGCUUUAAUUUCGUAAGCAUGAAGAAUCAAUACCAUAGUCAGAAAAUAUGUUUUCCAUAAUAAGUGAUCAAUAAUCGUUUGUCUUCUCUAUACAUCGUAAAAAUCAUAGCUUUAUAUAUUAUAUUCUUUUUUCUUUGUUGGCUUUUAAAGUAUUCAUAUAUUAUAUUAUUAUUCUCUAUAAUUAUUACAGAUUAUUAUUAACAUAAUAUAUUAUAGUAGCUUCUAACUAACGCUAGAAUUUCAUGUAUGUCAUGCUAAUGUUAACUUGAUGAUAAAGUUAAGACGUGAAUUUGAUUAACUAUCAAUAACUGUAAUAUUUUAUUAUGCUACUUAUUUUAGUAACAAAUAAAGAUUACAACUAAUGAAA